AUGGUAUUUCUGCGCUCUUUCUCCCGUCAACUCCGACGGCCUGCCACCACUCUUCGCCCGUUCAGGGUCUCCGCAUUGGCAAAUAAUGCGGCUCGCGGAGCUCGUUUGCUAACUGCUUCUGCACGUCUACAGGGCAAAGUUCUUAUGGUCCUCUAUGAUGGUGGAGAGCACGCCAAACAACAGCCUGGUCUCCUCGGAACCACAGAGAACGAGCUGGGCCUGAGGAAGUGGCUCGAGGACCAGGGCCACACGCUGAUCACCACCUCCGACAAGGAGGGCGAGAACUCUACCUUUGACAAAGAGCUUGUUGAUGCCGAGGUGAUCAUCACAACUCCCUUCCACCCCGGAUACCUCACCGCUGAGCGUCUGGCCAAGGCCAAGAACCUCAAGAUCGCCAUCACUGCUGGCAUUGGCUCGGACCACGUCGACCUGAACGCCGCCAAUAAGACGAACGGCGGUAUCACCGUUGCCGAAGUCACCGGUAGCAAUGUCGUUUCCGUCGCCGAGCACGUCGUCAUGACCAUCCUCAUUCUGGUCCGCAACUUCGUUCCCGCCCACGACCAGAUCCGCAACGGCGGCUGGGACGUUGCUGCCGCUGCCAAGAACGAAUUCGACCUCGAGAACAAGGUCGUCGGUACCGUCGGCGUUGGCCGUAUCGGUGAGCGUGUGCUCCGCCGUCUCGCCCCCUUCGACUGCAAGGAGCUCCUCUACUACGAUUACCAACCGCUGCAGCCCGAGGUCGAGAAGGCGAUUGGGUGCCGCCGCGUCGAGAGUCUCGAGGAGAUGCUUGCGCAGUGUGACGUUGUCACCAUCAACUGCCCUCUCCACGAGACGACCUACGGUCUGUUCAACAAGGACCUCAUUUCCAAGAUGAAGCCUGGCUCCUGGCUCAUCAACACCGCCCGUGGCGCUAUCGUCGUCAAGGAAGACGUCGCUGCUGCCCUCAAGUCCGGCCACCUCCGCGGCUACGGCGGUGACGUCUGGUUCCCCCAGCCCGCUCCGCUGGACCACCCUCUGCGCUAUGCCGAGCACCCAUGGGGCGGUGGUAACGCCAUGGUCCCCCACAUGUCCGGCACCUCCAUCGAUGCUCAGAUCCGUUAUGCCAAUGGCACCAAGGCCAUCCUGGACAGCUACUUCUCUGGCCGCCACGACUACCGACCCGAGGACCUGAUCGUCCAAGGUGGCGACUAUGUCACGCGGGCUUAUGGCCAGCGCAACAAGGCUUAG